UCGCUUCAUCUCCCAAGGUUCAGCUCUUCCUUCAACCUCUUCUUGUUGUCUCGAAAUAUCUGCCAUGACCACUCUCAACAGAUCCUUCUCGUCGCGCUUUUCAACCAAGAACCAGGCAAAUGGUUCAAUACCUACCGAGGGCGCUCCUUCUUCGAGCGACUCUGGCACCAUGAAAGCCUUGGCGCACAUCAAGGACCUCAUGAAACGUCCUGUGGAAGAAAUCAAUGAGUCGGCAGUUUCCGGUGCCCUUGACGCCAUCUCCCAUGCAGGUGCAAUUGAUGACCGCAAGAUGAUGCUCGAGCACUUGCUGUCCUUCAUGUCCGAUCACCCUUCGGGCAAGAUUUCCAGCUUGGCUCGGACUUUCACCAUUAAGACUCUGUAUAACGACCUCACCCACCCGCCUGCUACCUUCAUUGGGCCGGAGUAUCAGUUCCGCGCUGCUGAUGGUUCAAACAACAACCCUGAUGCUCCCGACCUCGGCAAAGCUGGUACACCUUAUGCACGGUCUGUCCAGCAGUCAAACCCCUUACCGCGCAACCAAAUGCCCGACGCCGGUCUCGUCUUUGACACCCUCCUCCGCAGAGACAAGUUUACCGAGCAUCCCCAGGGCCUGUCCUCCCUCAUGUUCUCCUUUGCAGCACUCGUCAUCCACAGUGUAUUCCGUACAGACCACACGCCCGGCAAGACGCAUAUCAACAUGACUUCAGGCUAUGUCGACCUUGCCCCGUUAUAUGGAAAUAACCAAGAGAUGCAGGACAAGGUUAGACUCAAGGAGGGACGCGGGUUACUUUGCCCCGAUGUAUUCGCUGAGGACCGUCUCCUUUUACUCCCUCCUGCGGUGUGCGUGCUCUUGGUGUUGUUCAACAGGAACCACAACUACAUCGCCCGUCGGUUGCUCGAGAUCAAUGAACGAGGUACCUGGAAGGAUCCUGCCCACCACGAGUUCACCCACGCUCAGCUAUUGAAGCAAGAUGAGGACAUCUUCCAGACCGCCCGUCUGUGCAACUGUGCAUGGUUCGCAGCUGUGGUUUUCUCCGACUAUUUCUCUGCUAUUCUGGGCCUCGUGCGCAAAGGCUCGAACUGGAGUUUGGAGCCAUUCGAUGAAAUUCGUAACGAUGACAACCAGAUCUUUGAACGUGGCCGUGGCAAUGCUUGCAGUGUGGAAUUCAACUGUUUGUACAGAUGGCACGCGACCACCUCAGCCGAGGAUGAAGCGUGGAUCACUGCUCAGUUCCAGAAGAUAUUCCCUGACAAAACUCCUGAGGAUCUUACGUUGAGGGACUUCUAUUCAACUGAAGCGAAGCUCGAGAAGAGCGAACCGGAUGUUCAGCACUGGACAUUCGAUAGCAUCCAGCGUGAGACCGAAGGUCCCAAGGCGGGUUCAUUCAAGGACUCUGAUCUUGCAAAUUACCUUAUGAAUGCGACAUCCCAUCGCGCUGCUGCUUUCGGUGCUCGUAGCACACCCUCAAUCAUGCGUCUCCAUGAGAUCAUGGGUAUCGAGGCCAACCGAUCAUGGGGCGUUUGCUCGCUCAACGACUUCAGGAAGUUCCUUGGCUUGAAGACGUACACCAGUUUCUUAGAAUGGAACCCCAACCCCGAAGUUGCUGAAGCUGCUGAAAAGCUUUACGGUGACAUCGACAACCUCGAGUUGUACGUCGGUCUCCAGGCCGAGGAAACCAAGCCUCUCAUCGAGGGUGCAGGACUCUGCCCAGGUUACACCAUCUCUCGUGCCAUCCUGUCGGAUGCCUUCGCCCUGACUCGUGGUGACCGCUUCUACACGCAGGACUUCACGCCUUACAAUUUGACCGCCUGGGGUUUCGCCGAUUGCCAGCGAGACCCUGACGCCUACGGUUUCGGUUCUACUCUUGGUCGUCUCUUCCUCCGCACGCUUCCCAAUGAUUACUCAAAAGACAGCAUCUACACAUGGUUCCCUCUCGUACACCCAGAGCCUAUGGAGGGUUACCUGAAGAAGCUUGGCAAGCUCGAUGGAUACUCUCUGGCUCGGCCGAAGCCUCAGGAGCCUGCUACUACUGUCGAGAAUUACGUCGAGGUCGGUGAGGUGCUUCGCGGCACUGACAAAUUCGUACCCGAGUACGUCGAGCACGCAGCAGAGGUCAUCACGGGUAAAGGCUUCUUUACCGCAUCUGAAAACGGCGUUGAGGAGCAGAAGCAAUUCAUCAGUGCGCUUGCUCCAACUCCAGAAGAUGUCUCCGCGAUCGGCACGUACUUCUUCAACAAGACCAAGGAACUUAUCGACCAGCAUUCGUUCGCCCUGAUCGGCAAGAAGACUCGUGCUAUUAACAUUGUCCGGGAUGUGUUGAAGUUCGUGCCCCUGCAUUGGGCUGCUACUGAAAUUGCUGGCAUUCCCCUCAAGACCAAGCAAACACCUCAUGGCGUUUUCACUGCGGCUCAGUUGUUUGACAUGCUUGCUGAGAUUUACGAAUUCAUCUUCCUCGAGGUUGAGGCAGCAAAAUACAUGCCAAUGAAGCAGAGGGCCAAGGACCAUGUGGAAGAGCUGACGCAUCUUAUCAAGGGUGCUCUUGGUAGUGCUGGGAGCAAACUUCCUUUCGCUGGACUGAUUGGCACGAUGACUGGUCUCUUCGGUGGCAAGGGAAAGAAGAACCACAGUGAGAUUGUCAAGCGCCUGUUUGCGUUUGGUUAUUCCAACGACCAGGUCGUGAACUCCAUUCUUGCAUUGUUGGUCGGCUCCACUGUCGAGAUGUCUCUCGCUUUGACGAACGUUGUCUACCAGCUCGUUCGUACGGAGGACGAUCGGAGCCAAACUAUUCAAGCGCAUCACAGUGGGGAUAUCAAAGACCUGGCUCAUUUGACUGCCUAUAUUGUUGAGGCACUCAGGAUCGACCCACCUUUCAAGGGUGUCUACCGUGUCGCGAAGCAGAGUCACUCUGUAGUUGCUUUGAAUGUCAAGCAAGGCCAACGUCUGUUCCUGGACGUUGCCGCUGCAAACAUGAAUGAGGACGCAUUCCCCAACCCGACGUUCUUGGAUACCACUCGUACUCGUGGGCGCUAUCUCCAGGAUGACGGGUGCCUCAAAGUCCUUGGAAGUGACCUUGCUUUGACGAUGAUCGCUGAAGUCCUUCGUGCCGUCCUUACCUAUGACAACGUUCGUCGCGGUCCGGGCCAGUCAGGCAGACUUGCUCGUUUCCACGAUCCAGCAAUCCCUUCGCUGCGCUAUGCAUACCUCAACGAGAAGAUGGCGCACAGCCCGUGGCCCACGUCGUUGGUCUUCAAUUACGAUGUUUCUGCUUGAACUUUUGUACUGAUUUGUUUUGGAUGAACGUUGAUGAUAUGAUCUACUCAAUGUCGCUGAGCGUAUCUACGUGAUCUUUGUUGUUAUCUUGUACCGUGUUAUCUUACGUAGUUUUUGCGCCGUUGGUUGAUGGUUCUAAUGAAAAUUCUUGAUUCACUCCGUUCG